UGACGGAUGGGAAGUCAGACUAACGACUAGCUACGUACCCCGGUACAUGUACGAGAGAGUGCCCAUCUGUUGUCCUGGGGAGAGGAACUGUGAUCAUGGGAGACAGAUCAUAACCUCUCCAGCCGGAGAAAACCCUGCCACGUGUGCCAAUGGCGGGCAAAUGAUAUACCGUGAUGGUCAGCAGAGAUGCGAAUGUGCGCCUGGAUACCAAGGCAUCUGGUGCAACUUCCGUGCAUUGCCAGGUGACAGUCAAUCCCAGAGUGGCUUCCCUUCCGGUCCCCUCAUCCGUGUGUUAUCUGCUCCUGCCCCUUACAAGAACAUGGUUAAAGAGGCGGAUAUGUGGAGGUCAAAGGCAAGACAGUUCCCAGCCUCACCCAUGUUGCCAGUCAGGGAACAUCCUGCAGGAGCUGCCUCUCCCUGGGCGUAUCCAACAGCAGCAAUGAUGCAGCACCAGAUGAUGCAUGCUAAGAUGGCGCAAAUGGAAGAAAUGUACAGACAGUCCCAUGGUGAUUUCCGCAACCAGAUUCCCCCGCAAUCAGUGGCCCCACUUGAUGCGAGGAGAACCAUGGCGGGAAAUCCGAACAGCGUUAUCAAUUCAGGAGCCAACGGCAGAUUCCUUUCGGCUUCAAGUGCAAACAAAAACCCUUACAGCAAGAUAACCUCCCAGG